AUGCCCAUAUUCUUCUACAUGCCAGAUGCCGAAUGGGAGAAUUCUGACACCGAAUUUCGGGUGGCCAAGGUAGAAAUCUCCGACCUUGUCGGCCACUUGGUUGACGAGGCCGACCCUGAUGGCAGCAUCACCUUCAACUGCGCCGAGCAGUUCAUGAUGUACUGCAAGGCAGCAACAUUCCACGACACCGCUAUACAAGCCCAGAUACUCGUCACGUCGAGCCCCAAGGGGCAAAAGGCACUUGACAAAGCAACCGUAGACUUCACCGACGAGAUGUGGGAUCCCGUCAAGAGCGCAGUCGUGGAGGCGGGCAACGUCGCCAAGUUCAGCCAGAACCCACACCUCGCAAGAAAACUGCUCUGCACGCAUGACCGCCUGCUGUGCGAAGCGGCACCCCGAGACCGCGUUUGGGGCAUCGGAUACAGUGCUAAGCAUGCCAUGAGCCAACAGAAGCACUGGGGAGAGAACCGCCUGGGAAAGGCGCUGAUGGCCACACGACAGCGCCUGAGGACCGAGCAAACGCAUGGCCAGAGACCGUGGAAUUGGUGGCAAGACUGA